AUGAAGCAGUCGCCGGUUGGUAGCAGGACAAAGAACUCGAAAGGGUUUAAGGUAAAGCACGUUUUGCAGGCUUUUCUUCUGCUGGUGGUAUCGGUUUGGCUGAUUUACCAGCUGAAACACUCCUACGACAAGAAGGCGGCUCUGGACGAGAAUGGACAUGGCGGUCUACCGACAGAGGAAACAGAGGAGGAGCAGGAGAUUCUGUUCAGACUCGGCAGGAAGGACUUAAUCCGCCCGAUUGUUAGUAGUACUGAGACCGUGAAUGGAAAUGGUGUUAAGGGCGAGAUGGAUGAUGACAUGGAUGAAGUGAAAGGUGAUGAGAUUGAUGAAGAAGGAACACAUGGCGGCGGCAGCGGUGGUGGGGAUGAUGAGGUGGACGGGCGUGAUCAGGACAGAACAGAUGAGGAAGAGCCAGAGGAAGUGGAGGAUCUCAUUGAUGUGGACGACAGGGAAAGAGAUGAGAGGACCGAAGAUGGUAAAGGGGAUAGUAAUGGAGGAGAUCACAUUUCAAUUUCGAUAACAGGUGAUGAUGAUGAAGGGAAGGACAUGGGAAGAAGCCGUGUGUGA